ACCUACAAUGAUGUGCAUGUGAACUUCACUCAAGAAGAGUGGGCUUUGCUGGAUCCUUCCCAAAGGAAUCUCUACAAAGAUGUGAUGCUAGAGACCUACAGGAACCUCACUGCAAUAGGCUACAAUUGGGAAAGUCAUAAUAUAGAAGAGCAUUGUCAAAAUUCUAGAAGACAUACAAGGUAUGAAAACAAUCAAUGUGCAGAUAAACUCCCUGAAGAUACUCAAUAUGAAGUCUUUGCACAUCACAGUAGUCCCCACACAUGUAAAAGUAUGCAUACUGGUGCGGACCACUAUGAAUGUAGCCUAUAUAGUAAUGCCUUUGCAAAUAAAAGUCAUAUCCUAAGACAUAAAAGGAUACAUAUAGGAGAGAAACCUCAUGAAUGUAACCGAUGUGGUAAAGCCUAUGCAUCUAACAGUGAUCUCCUAAGACAUAAAGGAACUCACACUGGAGAAAAACCUUAUGAAUGUAAUCAAUGUGGUAAAGCCUUUGCAUGGAACAGUGAUCUCCAAAAACAUAAAAGAACUCACACUGGAGAGAAACCUUAUGAAUGUAACCAAUGUGCUAAAGCCUUUGCAGAUAACAGUAGUCUCCAAAGACAUAAAAGAACUCACACUGGAGAGAAACCUUAUGAAUGUAACCAAUGUGGUAAAGCCUUUGUAUGUAACAGUCAUCUCCUAGUACAUAAAAGAACUCACACUGGAGAAAAACCACAUGAAUGUAACCGAUGUGGUAAAGCCUAUGCAUCUAACAGUGAUCUCCUAAGACAUAAAGGAACUCACACUGGAGAAAAACCUUAUGAAUGUAAUCAAUGUGGUAAAGCCUUUUCAUGGAACAGUGAUCUCCAAAAACAUAAAAGAACUCACACUGGAGAGAAACCUUAUGAAUGUAACCAAUGUGCUAAAGCCUUUGCAGAUAACAGUAGUCUCCAAAGACAUAAAAGAACUCACACUGGAGAGAAACCUUAUGAAUGUAACCAAUGUGGUAAAGCCUUUGUAUGUAACAGUCAUCUCCUAGUACAUAAAAGAACUCACACUGGAGAAAAACCACAUGAAUGUAACCGAUGUCGUAAAGCCUAUGCAUCUAACAGUGAUCUCCUAAGACAUAAAGGAACUCACACUGGAGAAAAACCUUAUGAAUGUAAUCAAUGUGGUAAAGCCUUUUCAUGGAACAGUGAUCUCCAAAAACAUAAAAGAACUCACACUGGAGAGAAACCUUAUGAAUGUAACCAAUGUGCUAAAGCCUUUGCAGAUAACAGUAGUCUCCAAAGACAUAAAAGAACUCACACUGGAAAAAAACCUUAUGAAUGUAACCAAUGUGGUAAAGCCUUUGCAUUUAACAGUGGUCUCCAAAAACAUAAAAGAACUCACACUGGAGAGAAACCUUAUGAAUGUAACCAAUGUGGUAAAGCCUUUGCACAGAACAGUCAUCUCCUAGUACAUAAAAGAACACACACUGAAGAAAAACUUCAUGAAUGUAACCGAUGUGGUAAAGCCUAUGCAUCUAACAGUGAUCUCCUAAGACAUAAAGGAACUCACACUGGAGAAAAACAUUAUGAAUGUAAUCAAUGUGGUAAAGCCUUUGCAUAUAACAGUAAGCUUUUAGUACAUAAACGAACUCACACUGGAGAAAAACCUUAUGAAUGUAAUCAAUGUGGGAAAGCCUUUGCAUGGAACAGUGAUCUCCAAAAACAUAAAAGAACUCACACUGGAGAGAAACCUUAUGAAUGUAACCCAUGUGCUAAAGCCUUUGCAGAUAACAGUAGUCUCCAAAGACAUAAAAGAACUCACACUGGAGAGAAACCUUAUGAAUGUAACCAAUGUGGUAAAGCCUUUGCAUCUAACAGUAAUCUACGAGUACAUAAAAGAAUUCACACCGGAGAGAAACCUUAUGAAUGUAACCAAUGUGGUAAAGCCUUUACACAGAACAGUAAUCUCCUAGUACAUAAAAGAACUCACACUGGAGAAAAACCUCAUGAAUGUAACCAAUGUGGUAAAACCUUUUCACAGAACAGUCAAUUCCUAAUACAUAAAAGAACUCACACUGGAGAGAAACCUCAUGAAUGUAACCAAUGUGGUAAA